AUGGACAGCAUCCUUCAGAAGCUGAGGAAUUUGGACGCCUACCCUAAAAUCAAUGACGAUUUCUUCAGCCGUACACUCUCCGGUGGCAUUAUUACCCUCGCCUCUUCCCUCCUCAUCCUCUUGCUUUUCUUCUCUGAGCUCAGACUAUACCUCCACACUGUUACAGAGUCAAAGCUGCUUGUAGAUGCUUCAAGAGGGGAAACCUUACAUAUCAAUUUUGAUGUAACUUUUCCUGCUAUCCGGUGCUCAUUACUCAGUCUUGACACAAUGGAUAUCAGCGGUGAACAACAUUUUGACAUACGACACGAUAUAGUCAAGAAAAGAAUUGAUGCUCAUGGUAAUGUAAUAGAAGCUAAGAAGGAUGGAAUUGGUGCACCAAAGAUUGAUAAUCCCUUGCAAAGGCAUGGUGGAAGGCUUGAGCAUAAUGAAAAAUAUUGUGGUUCGUGCUUUGGAGCAGAAAUGUCUGAUGAUGACUGUUGCAACUCAUGCGAUGAAGUUCGUGAUGCAUAUAGGAAAAAAGGUUGGGCACUGACAAAUGCAGAUUUGAUAGACCAGUGCAAACGGGAAGGUUUUAUUCAAAAGAUUAAAGAUGAAGAUGGUGAAGGAUGUAACAUUGAAGGAUCUCUUGAAGUUAAUAAAGUCGCUGGUAAUUUUCAUUUUGUAUCUGGAAAAAGCUUUCACCAGUCAAACGUUCAUGUGCAGGAUUUGCUGGCUUUCCAGACAGAUAGUUACAAUAUAAGUCACAAGAUCAAUAGAUUAGCUUUUGGUGACUACUUUCCUGGCAUGCUAAAUCCCCUUGAUGGUGUACAGUGGAGGCAGGAAACACCGAAUGGUAUGUACCAGUAUUUCAUCAAGGUGGUCCCUACAUUAUACACCAAUAUUAGAGGCCGUACAAUUCGCUCAAACCAGUACUCUGUGACAGAGCAUUGUAAGAGUUCAGAGUUGGGACACUCUCAGCUGCUUCCAGGAGUUUUCUUCUUUUAUGAUCUUUCUCCAAUUAAGGUGUGUUACUUGGUCCACAUCUAA